AGCCGUGGUAACUAAUUUCAACUCCUUCCGGACAAGUUCGUCUUUCUUCAGGAAAUGCUGCUACACCGUUGCGUGAAAAAAGUGCGUGGGCGAAGGAAAUUAUCUUGGUCCACGAGUUUCCACGAGUCGCGCAACAUAUUGUGAAGCCUGGGGACGAAGCUUGGCAUGUGUCUUUUGAAACUAGGGCCAUCGAAGACAAACUUUGUGUUCUUAUCAAUAAACUUUCAGGUUUAUUCCUCGAAGUAUGUCUUUCCGUGGUCGGGGUGGUAGUCGUGGUGGUAGUCGAGGUGGGGGUCGUGGUGGUUUUCGCGGAGGUCGUGGUGGCAGGGGUGGCAGAGGCGGGGGUAAUCGUUUUCAGGAUUAUGGUCCUCCUGACCACGUUGUUGAACUUGGAGAAUAUUUACAUCCAUGCGAGGAAGAUCUGGUCUGCAAAUGUUUAAAUGAAAAAAUUCCAUAUUUCAAUGCUCCCGUUUACCUUGAAGACAAGUCACAGAUUGGAAAAGUUGAUGAUAUUUUUGGGCCAAUUAAUGACUUUUUCUUUUCUGUCAAACUUGGACCUGGAAUGAAUUCAACCAGUUUUAAUAAUAAACAAAAGUUUUUCAUUGAUCCUGAAAAGCUUCUACCUCUAGCAAGAUUCCUGCCCAAGCCGGCAGGACAAAAAGGUCCCCGUGGGGGAGUGAGAGGAGGAAGAGGUGGCAGGGGACGUGGAGGAAGAGGUGGCCGUGGAGCUCGUGGAGGAGGGGGUAGAGGUGGUUUUCGUGGUAGAGGAGGUGGGGGAAGAGGUCGAGGAAGAGGAGGGGGAAGAGGAUAUCGUUAAUAUUUGCUUUAUGGCAAUCAACACAACUUUGAAGGACAUUCACAGAAAAUUUCAACUUUCAAUCAUGACACUUCCAGUGGUACUGGGUCCUAUUGUGCAUGCAAACACUUUGUGACAGUGAAUGCUCGUUGAAGACUCUUGUACAUUUAAAAAAUAAUAAACAUUGUACAUUUAAAAAAUAA